UCUGUGAGACAAGUAGCGGGAUGAGAGGAGGAAAUGAGACGCUGCCGGUGCAGGUACUCCAGAGGUGGGCAUGGCGAGUAGGUGGGGUCGCUGCUCCCCUCCUGUCUGGAGUAGAAAGCCCCGGUGGAUCAGAGCAGUGCGGACACGUAAGGGAGUCUCUGAGGACCGCUGUCUAAGCGAUAAAAUUCAAGGGUUGUGAAGACUGAACAGCGCAUGGCCUUUUGACAUGCAUCCUGAUAUCCAUCUCUCCCUCCUCUUAGCGCUGCUGCUUCAAGUCCAGCAGGGCACCUCAGUGCAGGAGAUCCAAACCAGCCAUGAAAACAUCAUGAAGAUCAACUCGGCAGGAGAAAUGAUGCAGUGCUCAGCAGCCAUGGAUAUCCUCUUCCUCAUGGAUGGUUCUUACAGCGUGGGGAAGGGCAGCUUUGAGAGGUCCAAACACUACGCAAUCAAACUCUGUCAAGCUCUUGAUAUCGGACCAGACAAGGUGCGAGUCGGCUUGAUUCAGUUUGGUUCCACCCCUCGGCUGGAGUUCGCCCUAGACUCGUACACCACCAAACAAGAGCUGAAGAAGCACAUGAAAAAGAUUUCCUACAGGGGAGGCAGCACCCAGACAGGCCUGGCUCUGAAGUAUGUGCUGAGGAAGGGUUUCCCAGGCGGCCGUAACUCCUCCACUGUGGCCCGGAUCGCCAUCCUCUUAUCAGAUGGGAAGUCUCAGGGCAACGUGGUGCAGGCGGCUGCGCAGCUCAAAGAGACCGGUGUGGUCGUCUUCGCUGUGGGCAUCCGCUUCCCCAGGUGGGAGGAGCUACACGCUUUGGCCAGUGAGCCAAUGGAGAGCCACGUCUUCUUUGCCGAGCAUUUCUUCGAUGCCGUCAACGGCCUGUACACCACGCUGACCACCUUUGCUGUCUGCAGUGCCACACCUGCAGGCUGUCAGAUGGAGUCGUUUCCCUGCGAGAGGAAAACACUGGAGACGGUGAAAGAGCUGCAGGGGAAUUACAUGUGUUGGAAAGGCUCCAGGGGGUUUUCCACAUACACGUCUCUGUGUCCGUACUACAGGUACAACAAGAUGUACAAGAGACACCAGACAGUCUGCCAUCGGACGAUCUGUCCAGAUCCCUGUGACUCUCAGCCCUGUCUGAACGGUGGAACAUGUGUAUCAGAGGGUCCAGAGGGUUACCACUGCAAAUGUCCACCUGGCUAUGGAGGAGACCCACACUGUGCUCCUGCGUUAUCACUGGACUGCUCCGUAGACCUGCUGUUCCUGAUGGAGGGCUCUGCCACGCUUACCUUGGAGGGCUUCCUCCGUCACAAGUCCUUCUUGAAACGCUUCCUGCGCACUGUGAUUGGGUCCAGCAGCCCCAGCAGAGUCGGCCUGGCAGUGUUUGGUGGUGAGACCAGCGUCGAGGCCCCGGUGGACAACUUCAAAGGGGACCUGAGGGGUCUACUUCAGACGGUGGAGGCACUUCAACCAAUCGGUGGCGAGACCCGGACGGGCCAGGCCCUUCGCUAUGUCACACGUCAUGGCUUCGUGAGCGCACCAGUCUUUGCGGAUGUCACUGAUGACCUGCCCCGGGUGGUGGUGCUGCUCACUGCCACUCCUGCUGCAGACGAGGUAGUAGAGCCCUCUAAGUAUGCUCGAGACAGAGAGAUCUUCCUGAUAGGGGUGGGACCAGACUACCUAAGGGGACAACUGAAUAAUAUCACAGGAAAUCCCCAGAGGACUAUCACCUACACACCACCUGAAUUCAGUGCCAAGAUUCCUGAGCUCAAGGCUAAGAUCUGCAGCGUGGACACACAAGGUUGUCUGGGUCAAGCAGUUGACCUGGUGUUUGCCCUGGACGCCUCAGGUGGCGUCAGCCCUGAUAACUUUGCCAUCCUCCGCGACUUUGUGCGCAGCCUCACUGUCCAGUUCGACAUCAACCGUGACGUUGCUCAAGUGGCACUUGUGGCUUACGGUCGGAGAGCCACCACCGUCUUCAACCUGGACACCCACGAGUCUGGUUCUGCCAUCCUUAAGGCUGUAGGUGAGGCCAGCUACAUGGGCGGAGUGGCUUCAACAGGCUCAGCUUUGCUUCACAUCCACUCCAACGUCCUGACGGUGGCCAAAGGUGCACGACCCGGCGUCAACAAGGCCGUGGUGGUGGUGACGGACGGUUCAGGCAGUGAUGACGCUGUUGUUCCAGCUCAAAAGAUAAGAGACAAUGGAGUUUCGUUGUUUGUGAUUGGAAUCGGAGAUGUACAGAAAGAGAGGCUGCUGCAGAUUGCUGGUUCAGAGGAACACAUGAUUGCGGUGCCAUCUUACGAGGAUCUCAAGUACUUUGAGGAUGUUUUGGUGCAGAUGCUGUGUUCAGAGGUCAAAAAGCCGGUAGACCUGUGCAAGCCCAACCCAUGUAUGAAUGACGGGACCUGCAUCCUGUCUGGAGGGAGCUUCCGCUGUCAAUGCCGAGGCUACGAAGGACCACACUGUGAAACAAGAAGCAGCAGGUCUUCAUCCAGAGGAGAUCUCCCGAGGCCGGCAGGUCUCAGGAAGAAGAGCAGGCAGAAGAAGAGUCACCAGGAGCUCCUUCAUCACUACAAACUGCACCGCAGGAGACACACGGCAUGAUGCACACACAAACGCACAUACUAUACACUCAUACCCAAGUCAGUCAUGGACAUUUAAGACCCAAGGAUGUUUGCGGGUACACAGUGGAGUAAAGGGAAAACAAGUGUUACUGUUUCAACAUUUAAACUUGCACUCGAACUUCAACAAGUGCCUUCAAACUGUGUAUAUUUCUACUGUCUGUGUCCUAGUGUGUCACUAUACUCAGUGAUGUGCAGUUGUCUCAACAUGGUUCUCUUGUUUAUUCAAAGAUGUAAACUUUUAUAUAUUAUAGUGUAUAUCUGUGUCAUAAUUUUAUUAUUUUUUAAUGAUCACCACAACCUUGUUAUCUCCUUCAAACCAAAACAAAAACAUAAAAUUUGUGCCAAAAUGCUUU